AUGGCCACUCCGGAAUCAAAAAGAAUAAGACUUUCUCCUCAAGACUUACAAAAUACAGCAAAUGCCAAUGAAGAAGUAGAAACUAAUGUAAUACUAAAAAUUCCAAACGGUUUAUAUUACAAGAAUUUUGAUAAAAUGAGAAAGAAUGAACAAUUAUGUGAUAUAAAAAUCAUUGCCAAAAAUGGUGAAGAAAUAAGGGCUCAUAAAGUUGUUUUGGCAGCCAACAGCAAAUAUUUUAAUAUUAUGUUUAAUAGUCAAUUUAAAGAAUCCAAAGAAUUUGAAAUCCAGAUUCAGGAUUUAGAUCCACAUGCAUUGAGUUUGUUAAUAGACUUUAUUUAUACAUCUGAGUUAGCUGUAAAUGUACAAAAUGUCCAAGAAAUUUUAAAUGGAAUCUGUUUGUUACAAUUGGACGAAACAAUUCGCAGUGAAUGCAUUGAUUAUAUUAAAUCAAGAAUUGAUCCCGCCAAUUGUUUAGGUAUGAAAGAAAUGGCUGAACGCCUUGGAUUAAGAGAUUUUUAUACGUUCUCUUUAAGUUAUGCUUUAGUUCACUUUAGUCAAGUAUACAAAAAAGAAGAAUUUCUGCUGAUUACUUUUGAUCAAAUAUUACAAAUCAUUAAUAGUGAAGAUCUGUGUGCAAAUGAAGAAAACGUAUAUGAAUCUGUAAUGAAAUGGAUCAAGUAUGAUAUAGAAAAUCGGAAUAAACAUUUGCCAGACUUAAUGGAAUAUGUUCGGUUACCAAUUGUGUCCCAGAAAUUUUUUGAGUGCACGGUUGACAAAGAACCACUUUUGAAGUCAAAUAACAAUUGUAUAAAAUAUUUAGAUAAAGCUUAUGCUGGCCAUACAGUCUUUGGUACUGCGUUAGAAGCACCGCAUUCUAUUCGUACUCAAUAUCGUCAAAAUUAUACAGAAUAUGUUGUAAUUAUGGGCAAAAGAGCCGAACAUCAUCUUCCUCUUUUGUUCAACAUAAACACAAAUCAGUGCAGAACCAUACCAACAAUUGUACCACUAAAUAGAAAAGGUGAAACUUAUUUACUUGAUGAUGGUCGCUUAUUCGAUCUUGGUGGUAUUGAGAGGAAUGAAGAUUGUUUCCUUAAAUCUGCUCAUAUUUUUGACGCAAACACAAAAAAUUGGACACCAAUUCAACAAAUGCAUAAAAGUCAUUCUAAAUCAAAUAUUGUACAGAUUGGUUGUCGUAUUUUUGUGAUAGAUUCUUAUGAUAGUGAAUACUAUAAUAUUAAACGUGAUAAAUGGUUUAAAAUAAAUUCUUUAAAUAAUAAAUAUCGAAUUGAUUAUGCAGUUAUUGCUCUCAAUGGAUUUGUAUAUGCUGUUGGAGGAUAUUUUGAAGGUUGUGAAGUUAAGUCCGUAGAGCAGUUUGACCCGAAAGCUAAUAUUUGGAAAAAUGUAGCACCAAUGUUACAUGGCCGAGUUGCCCCGGCCCUUUGUGCAUUGAAUGGUUGUAUGUAUGCUAUAGGAGGAAAAGAAUUUAUUGGUAAUCGUAGUUUGUCUCUGGUGGAAAAAUACGAUCCAUCAACUGACUCUUGGGAAGAAGUAACAAAGUUAAACCAUGCUAGGUCCCAUGCAGGUGCUGUGGCUGUGAAUGGAAAAAUUUAUGUGUUUGGAGGUUUUCACAGCAAUUUCACAAUCGAAGUGUUUUGUCCUUACAAAAAGACAUGGUCAGUUUUGCCAACAACAGUACUGAGCUCUCUCAAAAUGUAUGGUGCUUGCAAUGCGUUCAAUGUCAAACUACACCUUAAAAGUGAAAUUUUUAAGUUAAUUGAUUGA